UUCUGUACUUUUACUCACGUAACAUUUUGAAUGCAGGACUAUUAGUUGUCACAGAGUAAAUUUGUGCUGUGGUAUUAAUACUUUUACUGACGUAAAGGUCCUGAACCUAUCCAAGAAAAUGCAUGACAAAUCCUGAAGCCGAUUUUUACGAAGAUCGCAUGAACGCAUCACCAGUUAAUUGCAGCUGUAUUGGAGUUGCUCACAGGGGCGGAGAGUCUAAACGGGCUCAGACUGUCGUGUGAUUAAACGGGUGGACUGCAGUGAUCAAAGGAGAUCUCGACCGCUUCUUUCGCAAAUCUCGAUGAUUUUGGAUCAUAAUAACAUUUUUUACUUAGUGCAUCGGACGGAAGAAAAUGUCCUAAUAACAUUUUUCUACUGUCCAUGACUUUAUUAUAGGCUAGUUUACAGUUUUAUUCUGAUACUGUGCACCAGUGCACCAGCAUCAUUCAUAAAGUUUCCAUAACUCUACUGAGGAGUUGUUUUCUGUUGUUUGCCGAGCUGCAGCCAUGCAGCAGGAGCUGUUGUUCAAAGUCCUGGUCAUCGGGGACUUGGGAGUCGGAAAAACGUCCAUCAUCAAGCGGUACGUCCAUCAAAUCUUCUCCCAGCACUACCGAGCCACCAUCGGGGUGGACUUCGCCCUGAAGGUGCUACAGUGGGACAAUGACACUGUGAUCCGGCUACAGCUGUGGGACAUAGCAGGACAGGAGCGGUAUGGGAACAUGACUCGUGUCUAUUACCGGGAGGCGGUAGGAGCGCUGGUGGUGUUUGACGUGACGAGGGCCUCCACGUUCGACGCCGUGCUGAAGUGGAAGGAUGACCUGGACUCCAAAGUGACCCUGAACCAUGGGAGGCCAGUUCCAGCUGUACUCUUGGCCAAUAAGUCAGACCAGCUGGGUUCCCAGCAGCCGCAACUCGACUCCUUCUGCAGGGAGAAUGGCUUUGUUGGCUGGUUCGAGACCUCAGCAAAGGAAAACGCAAACAUCGAGGAGGCAGCGCGCUGCUUGGUAGAGCACAUCCUGAACAACGAGGAGAGACCGAUGAUAGAGCGGGACCCCAGCUCCCUCGUCCUGUCUGGAUACACUAACACCACGAAGGAUCAUCUCAACUGCUCGUCAUGUGUGAAAUGGUGACUCCUGACCAGUCACAGACAAUCAGGAAGUGAACAGCUUUGAGGCCACGGCCACAGAGAUAAGUUUGGCUCAGGGACUGUUUAUUCAAAAUCGCCUUAGGCCACAGUGAUUAGUGAAGAAAAAUUGUGUAACAGAUAGAGCUUUGUACCAAUGUAAAAUUAAGUCUUUAAGAAAUAUGAAAACAGCUAAAACUGCAAAUGCUGACAAUGUCUGCAGAGUCCUAAAUUCCAUGCACAUCGUGGACCUAAUAUAAGUGCUGACUGUGUCAGGAAAUGCAUUUUUACAUUUUUUAAGUUUAAUCCAAAUUUAAUAAUUUGUGUGUUUUGGACAAUGAGCACAGGGCAACAGAAUUACAAUCAGCAGCCCGUGGGGUGUAUACACAGAAAGGUUCAGUGUUUUGUUCAGUAACUCCUGAGCAGAGAUGUGGCAUUGGCUAUCAUGAGAAGCUGAAGAUUUACAAGACAGUGUCUCCAUCCACCCAGCCCCCACACUUUAGUGUGACUGAGAUCCACGAAAUGAUUUCUACAGAUUCAGGUUUCUGUCGUUCACCAGCUCAAAGUGCAACAUUAUGUUCAGAUUUUUUCAGAUUCACAUAUAUCUAUUGUGAUUAAUAUAGACUGAGCGUUAAAAUUCAUUCUUGACCUUUAAAACAUCAGUUUUACGAAGAAAAAAAAUACGCUCAUUAGCUUUCUGGCUGAGAGUUAGAUAAAAAGAUUGAUCUGUCUGUUUAAUAUAACUGAUAUUAUAUACCUCCAUUACUGCUGUGGAAUAUUUUAAUAAUCUCAAUAAACUACACUUAACUCAACAGUACAUGCACCACUACUUAUUACUUAUAUUAUUACAUUGUAUUAUUAUACUGUAU